AUGAGUAGGCGUUCAUCUCGUCAGAAAGAUGAGAAGAGUGCCGUUCAAGAGUUAAUGGAAAAAGAAGCAUCAUUGAGCUCAUCAUCUUCAGACGAUGAAGGAGAUGAAGGCUCAUAUGAUAGCUUAUCUGACGAUGGUUUCAUUGCUGAUGGUACAUACGAAGACGAAUUCAAAGUUAACAAACCAAAACAGCCAAAGAAACCAGAACAACCACUUGAAGAGGGUCAAAAAUCAAUUACAGAUCUUUUAGGAAAAACAAAGAAAAAAUCUACUCCAAAAUCAAGCAAAAAUACAGAUAUUGCCGAUAAGUUAUUCCAAGAGUUCAUGACUACAACAUCUACAACAGCAUCUAAGCCAUCAAAAUCUACAUCUUCUUCUAGUGAUAAAAAGAAAUCAAUUUCGGAAGGAUUUGCAGCUAAAUUAUCUGCAAAAAGCAAAGAACAAGCUAUUAAGCAAGAAAAGGAAGCUGCAGCUGCCGAAGUUAAAAAACAAAAAGUUGAAUCUCAGAAAACAGAACCAAAAACAGUUUCAGUCGAAAAAGUUAAGCGUGGACCAAAGACAGAACCACGCGACAGGAAACCUGUUAUCAAACCUGCAGAACCAGUCAAUAUUCCUGAUGUUCAAGAAGAAGAUCCAUUACCUGAAAUUGCAGAGACACCAAUUACAAGUAAAAUGCAAACAGAGUCAUUCCAUAAUGAAAAUUUCCAGAUGUAUUUAUUCAAUAUUGUUGAAGAUACAGGAAAAUUAUAUCUUUUCGGAAAAGCUUUCGCUAAAUCAAAGAAGAUGGUAACUGUUUGCGUAGUUAUCUCAAAUCCACGUCGUAUCAUUCAUUUUCUUCCAACUUUCAACGAAAUUGAUGACUGCAAAUCUGAAAUCCAAAGUUUGCAUCAAAAGGCAAUUGUAUAUCCAGAAUAUUUGAAAUAUGCAUUUGGUGAUUCUGAUAUUUCACAAAUGUCUCAAUGGAUUACUGCCGAAUUACCAGGUAAUUACGACAUUUCAAAGAUUCCUAUGAUAGGAAAGCAUUACAACAAAGUCUUUGGCUGGAGUUCCUCACUUACAGAAUGCUUCAUCAUGCGUUACAAGAUCAUGGGACCUUGCUGGAUUAAAUUCAAGAAACGGGUUGAAAAUCCACAAAAUUUGGUUUCAAUUGUUUCUCAAUUAAACUUCGAACUUUCUGAUGAAUUCAAGAAAGACGAGCCAGAGAUUGAGAUCCUUGAUAAGACCGACAUCCCAGAAUUCAACCUCGCAUGCAUCUCAGUCAAAACAGAAUACGACAACACGAAGAAAGAACACGUAAUCAGAAUGAUUUCUUUGAGAGUUUUCGCAAAAUGUGCCAUUACAAAGUUAUCAUCAAAUGAUUGCCACAAAGCAACUUAUUACUGGAUGCUUGGCAACAUUAAGAAUUCAGAGCUCCCAGGAACACCUUUCAACAACGAGAAAGACAUGUUGGAAAGGUUCAUCACCGAUAUCCAAAACUCUGACAUUGAUUUGAUUUUGUCAUUCGGAUUUAAUACAUUUGAUGGCCAAAUCAUUGCUCAGAGAUUGAUCCAGCUCAAAGUCAAGGACUGGUACAGAAUUGGAAGACUGAAAAGAUCAUUCCCAAGAGAUAACAUCACUAAGUUCUCCAAGAACACAUUACUUAUUCUUAGUGGUCGUUUGCCAGUUGAUAUCAGAGUUUCUGCUGAUGAAUUCUUGCAUUCAAAGGCAAAUGAUUUCGCUUCUGUUAUUCAACAGGAAUUAGGUAUAUUAGUUCCUGAUUUGGAGACAUCCAAUUUCUCCCAGUUGAUCUUCAACAUUCCGAUGCUCAAGAAGUACGUAAUUGCUAAUGAAAACAACACUGCUUACAUCAUUAAUUUGACACGUAAAAUCCAUAUCGUUCCUUUGACUUUACAAAUUUCUCAAUUGUCAGGUGCAUUGUGGUCGAGAGUUUUGCUUGGAAAGGCAUCCCCAAGAUCAGAAGCAUUGCUUGCUCACGAGUUCAUCAACAGAGGCUACGUUAUUCCUGAUAAAUCACAAGUCAAAGUUUCUGGAAAGAGAGAAGAUGCACAAUAUAAAGGUGGCCACGUUUUGGAUCCGAAAAGAGGUUUCCACGAGAAUUACGUAACAGUUCUCGAUUACAACUCUCUUUAUCCAUCAAUUAUCAGACAGUAUAACAUCUGUUUCACAACAAGAAUGGUUGCAAAUCCAAACCAAAACAGUGCUGUCCUUCCAAAGAUCAUGGCUGAAUUAUUGAACAAGAGAAGUGAAGUCAAGAAAGACAUGAAAGAAAAAGGAGAUGCACAGUUCCAAGUUACUCAACAGAUUGAAGAACUGGAGAACAAGAUCAAGGCUGGAGAAGAUUCAGUUGGAAACAAGAAUCAUCUUGAAGCUCUCAAGAAGAAAUUGGACAAUUUAGAUACAGAAUUAAGAUCAUUGAACAUCAAACAGUUGGCCGUCAAGAUUUUGGCAAACUCAAUGUACGGUUACUUAGGUUACAAAGGAUCUCGAUUCCCUGCUACUAAAUUGGCUGAAGAAAUUACAAAGAAAGGUAGAGAAGCUCUUCAAGCUGUUAUUGACAUUGUCGAGCAUUUCCAGUACGAAGAUUCCAACCAAUUCUCAAUUGUUUAUGGUGAUACAGACUCUGUCAUGGUUGAUUGCAUGACAAGAGAUGAAACAAGAGCAAGAAAUGUUGCCAUGGGAAUUUGCCAAGCAGUCGAACUUCAUUUCAAGAAGCAGCGCAAGAAUGGCGAUGCUGUCAUGAAAUUAGGUUUAGAUCACUUGUUCAAGAAGAUGCUUUUGGUUUCUAAGAAGAAAUACGCAGCUUUGGAUCAACUUCCAAAUGGAAAUCUCAACUUAGAACUCAAAGGUUUGGAUAUGGUCAGAAGAGAUUGGUGCUUCUUAACACGCUAUCUUUCAUAUUUUGUCAUUUCCACAUUCAUGUUUGGUGAAAACUCGGAUGAUUCCAUCGAAAAGAUCUUAAACGAAAUGGAAAGAGUUGCCGCGAUGUUAAGAAACAACGGAGAACUUCCUGAUGACCAGAAAUCAGAAGUUGAAUACGAAACUUCUAAUGACAUGAAAGUUCUCAUGAAAGCUGAAAGAAAAGUCAGAUUACAAUCUGUUAUUCCACAGUUUUUGAUCAUCACAAAGAUGCUUACGAACAGAUUAGAAACAUACAAAGACAACUCUCCACACGCAGCUGUCGCCAGAUACAUGCAAGACAAGAUGAAGAAAGAGAUUUCUCCUGGAUCAACAAUCGAAUACAUCAUUGCAAAAGACAACUUCACACCACGUGAAGAACUUGAAGGAUCUGAGCCAAUGUCUGAAAGGACACAAGCAAGAACAAACAUUGCUUCUAAGGCUGUCUACAAAGAUCUCAUCAAGGAAGUUAGUGAUGCUGAUAUCGAAUGGUACAUCACAAACCAGAUCUUCAAUCCAGUCUGGAGAUUGUGCGAACCAUUCGGUGGAAUGGAGAAAGGAAUGCUUGCAAAGGCUCUUGGCGUUAAAUAUUCUGCUCCAUCUGUUAUUUCAUAUGACAAUGAAUAUCAGACAAAUGUUGUCAUUCCUCACAACGCGGAAUUGACUUUCGCAUGCCCAUACUGUGAGAAUAGAAUCACAGCAUCUCCAUUCCCAUCCAAAUAUCUCAAAUGCCCACAUUGCAAUGAACAAAUUGAUUGGCAUUUGGCAGCGAAUUUGUUGUUGCAAUCUCUCAGGAAAUUUGUGAUUGAUAACAAUCCAAAUCACAUGGAAUCUAAAGGUUUCAUGGAAGCUGAAUUCGAAUCAGUACAAUUACCUUUGUCUACUUUGUCAUUGCAAAGCACAAAGACUCCUCUCAAGCUCAAGUUGAGCCCUGGAGAAAUGUUCAACACUCUUCGCUACUUCGCAAACAUUUUUGCUCCAAGAAAAGAUGUUUCUGAAGACGAUUCUUUGUAUGAAGAAUUCAGAGUCUACAUGGAAUCUCAUUGCAGAAGGUUCUUGAAUGACCAUGGAUUCUCUCAUAUCAACUUCUCACUCUUCCUAGGUCCAGCAAACGCUAUCCAAACCGUCCAAACAACAAAUGAUAAAGAAAACGAAGAAGGAAAUGAAGCUCAAAAUGAAGAAGGCGAAGAUGAUGAACAAGAUUCUGUUGCCAAUACUGAUGAAGAGAACGAUGAGAUAUAA